AUGUUUGGCUGCUGUGUCGCUGGCCGUCUGCUACAGACAAAUCUCCAACAGAUUGACGAGACGCACGCGUUGUUUGAGCUACCGAACGCCAGUACCAUUAACCAUGUUUGCGUCUUCGUCUUGGGCAAUGUGCCAUUCCCGGAAGGGUAUGGUGCUGCAGUCCACUUCCAUUGGCCUGGAAAAGGAUUCCAGCUUCUUGGAAUGAUAUCUAACGACAAGCCAUCAGCGAUAUUCCGUUUACGGGGUUCCUUUUCCUCAACAUCAACAUAUCGUGCCUUCGACCAAAACGCGCCGAUGGAGGACAAUGGAGACGUCACCGCCAUCCUCGGAUUGUCCAUUGAGCCCGUUCAUGUAAUAGAGUCGCAACUGGCCGCCCUGCCUGCUCCCCUUACGAAGCCUGGAAACGACUUGAGCGCUAACCCUACACUUCUCGCAGAGAAGAUUGUGAAGAACCUGUUCAACUACCUAUCUGGUUUUACGGGCGGGGGGCCCAUGACACCUGAGCUCGCAGUCCCGUUGGGAUUGAUCGCGAGAUGGUAUGAGAAUUUCACUGGAAAGGUUAGAAACAGUGGACUGGCAUUUUUGGAGAGAGAGGAAUAG